UUUUUAGGAGGAAAAUGGAAUCUAUCGUGAAGAAUCCAGGACGAAGACAGAUUUUUUCUAGGAUUAGUUUUUGAUUAUAGAGAAUCCAAACAACCCCUUAUACUCUAAGCUAAAAGAAACUCUCAGCUUGAAGUGCAAAUUAAUUGUAUGCAUUUUUGCUCAGCUCAGAGGAGAAGAAAUUUGUAGUUGUUAGCCAUCAUUUUGAAUGCUGAGUAAUUGAAAGUACCAAGAAAAUGAAUGUUGUAGUAGCAUCUCUUGUGGAACCAUUACAAGUACCAUACAACUACUACUCUUGUAAAAAAUCCCAAAUCAAGAAAAACCCAAAAUGUGUUAUGGUUGCUUCAUCUAGUAGUGGUGUUGGUUCUCUUGUAAUUGAAACCAAUCAAGAUCAGCAGCAGAUUUCCACUUCUACAGAAACCCCAACAACAACCCUAUCGUCAGUUGCUGCUCGUCGACUCAUAUUGCUUCGACAUGCGAAGAGUUCUUGGGAGAAUCGCUCUAUUCGGGAUCAUGAUCGUCCUUUGAGUAGAUCUGGACAACUUGAUGCUAUCAAGGUCUCGCAAAACCUUCUAAAACUGGGCUGGAUUCCACAACUUAUUUUAUCAAGUGAUGCACUGCGAACGCAGGAAACACUGAAAAUAAUGCAGGAGCAAGUUCAAGCCUUUUUGGAAGCUGAAGUACAUUUUAUUUCAAGCUUCUAUUCUGUGGCAGCAAUGGAUGGGCAGACAACUGAGCACCUACGACAAGCAAUAUGUAAAUACUCGAGGGAUGAGAUCUUAACAGUUAUGUGUAUGGGACACAAUAGAGGAUGGGAGGAGGCAGCCUCAGUGUUGUCAGGUGUUACUGUAGAACUAAAGACUUGUAAUGCUGCUUUGCUUGAAGCCACUGGGAAGUCGUGGGAAGAGGCAUUUUCUCUGGCUGGACCUGGAGGGUGGAAGCUUCAAGGGCUUGUGAAGCCAGACACUGUUGUUUAGACAUGUCAGCUUAAGGAGUAUAUAAUCAGCCAUUUGAGGGACCAACAGCCCAGAAAAGGCCGGAUUGAAGCAGAGCAAAUUACAAAUUUUCGGUUGAUUGAUGCAAAGCUUAUUCAGGUAUCUUACUGGUAACCCACCGCGCAGGCCUUGCAUGCUCAAGGGAUAACAUUAGUAAUAUUUCAGAAGCAUCACUUGGUGUUUCACUUACGAUCGGGCUGGUCAUUCUGAUAUAUUUAUUUUGUACAAAAAGUUUAUUUUCGCUCAAAUCUAGACGCCUAUGGCAACUAUCUCAAUUGUAGAACAACUUGUUGGGUAAUUCAAGCCAGAUGGACAGCUUGUUUUGCUAAAUUUACACCCAUGUAAUGUAACCACUAUGUAGAGGAACAAUAUUUUUGUAAA